GCGGGCGCGGGGCGCGUGUCAUGGCGGAGCUGGCGCAGGGGCAGAGCGCGGCGCCCGUGGGGAUCAAGCCCGAGGGCUUCGUCGAUGCUCUGCACCGGGUCCGGCAGAUUGCUGCUAAAAUUGGAGAUAUUCCUCACUUGAAUAAUUCGACAACACUCGUGGACCCGUCAGUUUACGGUUAUGGAGUGCAGAAGCGGCCCCUUGAUGAUGGAGGUCUCCGUGUAAGUGGGCUCCAUGGAGCACAGAUAAGAGAUACAGAGAGAAUAGGUAACCAGUUAGGGGCCCUGGUACAUCAAAGGGCUGUAAUAACAGAAGAUUUUAAAGUGCCUGAUAAAAUGGUUGGAUUCAUAAUCGGCAGGGGAGGUGAGCAGAUCUCACGGAUUCAGAUCGAGUCUGGCUGCAAAAUUCAAAUUGCUCCAGACAGUGGUGGGAUGCCUGAGAGGCCCUGUGUGCUCACCGGGACGCCAGAGAGCAUUGAACAAGCAAAACGGCUACUGGGGCAGAUUGUAGAUCGCUGUCGGAACGGACCUGGUUUUCACAACGAUGUUGAUGGCAACAGUACGAUUCAGGAGAUUUUGAUCCCGGCAUCCAAAGUGGGUCUAGUCAUCGGCAAAGGAGGUGAAACAAUAAAACAGUUGCAGGAGCGAACAGGUGUGAAAAUGAUAAUGAUCCAAGAUGGUCCAAUGCCUACUGGAGCAGAUAAACCUCUCCGUAUUACUGGAGAUGCAUUUAAAGUACAGCAAGCAAGGGAAAUGGUACUGGAGAUCAUCCGAGAGAAAGAUCAGGCAGACUUCCGAGGCGUACGCAAUGAUUUCAGUUCUAGAAUGGGAGGAGGCAGCAUAGAGGUCUCUGUGCCCAGGUUUGCUGUUGGAAUUGUAAUAGGAAGAAAUGGAGAAAUGAUCAAAAAGAUUCAGAAUGAUGCUGGAGUUAGGAUUCAAUUUAAACCAGAUGAUGGGAUUAGUCCUGAAAGAGUCGCACAGGUCAUGGGGCUUCCCGAUAGGUGUCAACAUGCAGCACACAUCAUCAGUGAGCUUAUUCUAACAGCACAGGAACGAGAUGGCUUUGGAAGCUUGGCUGUAGCCCGAGGAAGAGGUCGUGGCCGUGGGGACUGGAGUGUUGGAACCCCUGGGGGCAUGCAGGAAAUCACCUACACGGUGCCAGCUGACAAGUGUGGCCUCGUUAUAGGCAAAGGUGGUGAGAACAUCAAGAGCAUAAAUCAGCAGUCAGGAGCUCACGUGGAGCUCCAGAGAAACCCACCUCCAAACACAGACCCUGGUGUGCGAAUAUUCACAAUCAGAGGAGUUCCCCAGCAAAUUGAACUCGCUAGGCAUCUCAUAGAUGAGAAAGUUGGUGGUACCAGCAUGGGUGGACCUGGAGGAUUUGGUCAGAGCCCGUUCAACCAAGCACCCACCACACCUCAUCAAAAUGGUCCUCAGGCGUUCAUGGCGCAGGGUUGGGGCAGUACCUACCAGACGUGGCAGCAGCCUGGACAGCAAGUCCCAAGCCAACAGAGCCAGCAGCAGAACAGCCAUCCCGAUUACAGCAAAGCAUGGGAGGAAUAUUACAAAAAACAGACUUCCAGUCCUCUGCAAUUCCCUCUGGUCCCUGCAGCUGGUGAUGGUGCAUGGUAGUUCUUCCACUGGAAGCUGUCGUGGUGCCUGCUGCUGGGCCUCAGGAGGGCUGUUCCUGCUGAGCUUCAGUGCACAGCAGAGCCCGUGUCCGUGCUGGGGAAGCAUUGCACACACCGAGAAUCGAUGCUGACAAAACAAAACCCAGAAAAUUGAAGCUGGGUUGUCAAAAAGGUAGGAAUGCUCUGCACACAGGUGUGUGGACAGUCGUGGCCCUGCCUUCCUCCGCUCCGUUAAGAGGCGUGCGGUGCCAGCUUCUGGAUUUGCAUUUGGCAGCCUGGGUUUCGUCUUACCCAGCUGCUCAUCCCUCCCUUUCCCUUUCUCUUUC